GGGCAGUACACAGAUAAUCUCGGCAUCAAAGAGAAUGGCGCUGAGGCUUCCGUUUCGCUUUUACGACGAAAUCGACCGGAAGCAGAAUACGGAGGUAUCCAACACCGGCGAGUUCCCGCCCGAAUACUUAAUCAAACAUCCGCUGCAAAACACCUGGACCCUGUGGUAUUACGAGCCCGACAGGAAUAAAACAUGGGAGGAGAGCCAGCGGGAGAUAACGAGCUUUGACACAGCUGAGGAUUUCUGGAGCUUGUACAACCACAUAAAGACGGCAUCCGAGUUGAGGCAAGGUUGUGACUAUAGCAUGUUUAAGCAAGGAAUUCGGCCUAUGUGGGAGGACGAUCAGAACAAGUGCGGCGGACGAUGGCUAAUAAAUCUAGAUAAGAAGCAAAGGGCUACGGAUCUAGAUAAUUUUUGGUUAGAAAUUCUGCUCUGCAUGAUCGGGGAAGCCUUCAAUGAGUAUUCCGACGACGUCUGCGGAGCCGUAGUAAAUGUCAGGACGAAAGGAGACAAGCUUGGUGUUUGGACAUCGAAUGCUGAUAGCGCGGAUAGCGUUAUGGAAAUUGGCCGGAAGCUGAAGGAGAGAUUAAGGAUUACGUCUAAGACGACUAUGGGAUACCAGGUACAUAAAGAUACGAUGGUCAAAGCCGGCAGUCAAACGAAAAAUACUUAUACACUUUAAAUAUAUCGCUAAAUUUAUUGAUAUCACCCCUGAGUUGUUCAGUAAAUUGUGUGAAAAUAUAUCUUUGCAUUAUGUUGAAGGAAAAAAAUAAAAUUUUGUUCUCAAAAGCA